AUGGCUGGAUAUCCCCCGCCAGGCCAGUACCCCUAUCCACCUCAGGGUGGUGCGCCGCCUCAGGGCUAUCCUCCACAGGGCUAUCCUGCCCACGGCCAACCGCCACCACAAGGACAGUAUCCCCCGCAAGGCCAGCACCCUCCUCCAGGAGGCGCGCAGGCCCAAUACUACGCACCGCAGGGACAGCAUCCUCCUCCUCCUCAUCAAGGCCAGUAUCCUCCCCAGGGACAGUAUGGCGCUCCUCCACCCGGUGGUGCCCCGCCUUACGGGUAUCCGCCCCAGGGACAGUAUCCUCCUGCGCAAGGAUACCCGCCUCAGGGCUAUCCUCCACAAGGCUAUCCUCCCCAGGGAUACCCUCCACAGGGCUAUCCCCAACAGCCCGGAUACGGUGCACCACCUAGUGGACCACCAGCACUACCCUCUCCAGGCUACACGCCAGGCCAGAUGGCACAGGGAGACGCCAGUAGAGAAGCCGAUACCCUGCGCAAGGCCAUGAAGGGCUUUGGAACCGACGAGCUCACUCUGAUAGAAGUCCUCGCAAAGCCAGAUCCGCUCCAGAUGGCUCUCAUCUCACAUACCUUCAACUCCCGCCACAAGCGCAACCUUGAGAAGGACAUCGAAAAGGAGUGCGGAGGCAAGUUCAGAGAUGUGAUGAUGGCUCUCGUCCGAGGACCUCUGAUGCAAGACGUCCAUGCCAUCAACAAAGCCAUCAAGGGCAUGGGCACCAACGAGAAACUGCUCAACGAUGUCCUUCUCUCCCGCACCAACGCAGACAUCAACGCCAUCAAGACAGCGUACAAAUCCACCUUUGGCCGCACCCUCGAGUCAGACGUACGCGGAGAUCUAUCCAUGCAGACAGAACAGUUCUUCAACCUGGUACUGGCCGCUACUAGGUGCGAAGAAAGCACGCCUCCUAACCAAUACCAGCACGACCAAGAUAUCGCGCAGCUCUGGGGAGCCAUGGGCGGCAACACAGGCGUACCCAAGACCACUGUCUGGCAGAUCCUCACCCAGCGAUCCAACAACCAGAUCCGUGCUCUUUGCGAUGACUUCCCCAAGAAGCACAAUACCGGGCUCAGCGUGCAGAUUACAAGCCAUUUCUCGGGCCAUAUUCGUGACGCGCUGAUGUUUAUGAUUGGCAAGGCAGUCAGGCCUGUCAUGCAUGAUGUCAUGGCGCUGGAAGAUACCAUGUCCGGCAUGGGUACCAACGACUGCCUUCUGAUCGAGAGACUGGUGCGUAUUCACUGGAACAGACACCACAUGGAGCAAGUCAAGCAGGAAUAUCAGACGAAGUACGGUAGGCCGUUGAGGACGCGGGUUGCCGGUGAGACAAGGGGAGAUUACGAGAAGGCCCUCCUUACUAUGCUCCAGUAG